AUGGCUGUGUCUGUGUGUGUGGCUUCCAGUGACUCUCAGCGGGCCAGGGUCCUGCAGAACAUAGACUCUUCUGGAUCGGAAACGACAAUUUCCAGUGCAUUAGAGGAUGUGGUUCACAGAACAUUUUGCCAUAAUCAUGCUUUCAAAAAUGAGAAACGCAUCGUAAGUGAUUCUGAUCAGAUUAAAGUUAGUCGAAAGAAUAUCCAAGGUUUAAACACACUCACGAAAGGACUAAAUCAACCUGUUCGAAACUCGAAACCGGAAUCUCCUAACACACACGAUGAACAUAAACCUGGAUUUUUUCCUAACAAAUUUUUUGAAGGUAGUCCGUCAGCAUCGAGUCAAUAUUUUCUCAACGAGCUCCCACCUGUGGCUUUUGAAUCUUUAUUUUCCUGUUACCCAAGUUUAGACCAGUCAGUAGACAGUCCAGGACUACCAUCACUGUACACAGUGUACAGCCCAAGCAUCAGAUCUUCGCUUAGUCCGUGUUCGUCCAAUUGCUCAUCGUCUCCUCCUCCUCUGGAGCCGUCUUCUUGGAGUUUUGGGACUUCAGAAGAAACUCAUCCAGCACUAACAAACCCAAUCUACACCCCUGAAAAUCAACUGCUAAAACCAUACGACAAUAAUCAUAACUCUAUCGUUAAAACCGCCACGAAAGAAAUUGCAACGUGGUUGAAAAUUUACAGCACUGGUCCAUUUUGCUCCUCAUUGUCUUCGUCUGUAAGGUCCAAAAGGCAAGGAAACAAACUCACCAGCCGCGAGGUAUUGAAGAAACGUCGUUUGGCCGCCAACGCCCGCGAAAGAAGGAGAAUGACUGGCCUCAACGAAGCCUUUGACAGACUGAGGGAAGUGGUGCCGGCCCUCACUGGAGACCAGAAGCUGUCCAAGUUUGAGACUCUUCAGAUGGCACAGACGUACAUCAACGCUCUUUUGGAUGUGCUUCACUAGACGCGUUACGUUGCAGGGGCCUGCGUCCUGAUUCUUAAAAUAUCUAGUCAAAGCUUCUUCAAGGUUCAGCUGUAUCACGCUGCGGAAAUGGCAUUUGUUGGGAGAAAAUGGGAUCGACUUAUUUUAAAUAUGUUAAUACUAUUCGGACUCAAUAUCAACAAGUACCUGAUGUAUGGAAGUUCUGAAAUACGGAAGCUGCACAGUUGAACCAGACAGCCAGAGAGAACUGCAAAUAAAUGUCUCUGAUUUGUAUCAUGACAGUUUGGAUAGCCAAAUUAUGUCUCAAUCUGGCUUAUAAGCUCAAUAGCUUAAUUAAUAUGGAGUAUAUUUUUAUCCAAAGACGCAAUGUCCGUGCACCUAAGUAUGUAUUGUGUAGGGUAUGACUGUUAUUUGUGUGAACAUAGAAAAGACUAAACUGUGUCAUAACAUUAAUGAGAAUAACCGAUUAUCAAUACAAUUAGUAAUUACCAAACAUAAGAAAUAACUCUGUACCAAGUUUUGGUCGACGCUGUGGCAUUACUUUAUCAUGAACAUGUUGGAAAGAAACGAGUACUUUAUUCCGCUUCUACUUUCUGCUGAAGCUAAUGUCCUCAGUCAAUACAUCAUGGGGAGAAGUUCAUUGGCUCAAACGGGCAUCUGUGGUCCGCAUCGUAAAGUUGUGCACUGCAGAUAUAGAGAUAGAAAUUAUAUCAUCCCAUUAUUGAGUGCAUCACAAUCGUCACACGCGUCUAAGAUCUUACCAUUUCCAUCGUGAUGGUAACUCUUUGCUGUGGAUCACGAAGCCAAUUUUUUUACUUGCAUUAUUAUUUGUGCUGCGUCAAAAACAAGUGCUCAUCAUGGUGAUUAUUUUCGAAGAAACUUUCCAUGUUUUUUCCACUUCCAUAUAUGGAUACUAACAAGUUUUUAAAUUUUUUCCCUGGUAAACGCCUGAUUAAUUCAUAUUCCUAUGCAAGGAAAUCGAAUUAUUACAAUUAACUGUAAUUGAUCAAACCAACGUUGUUUGUCCCGAAUGUAAAAUGUACACGCAAAUUAAUAUUGUAUCCAUUCCCCGAUAUUUAUCGUGAUCAAUUGUCAAUACACAUCUACAUUUGACGAUUUUUUUCACACAUAUAAUAUAUACAUUUUUUCUGAAAAUACUGGUUUACGAUAGUGAUUGUGUUACGUUCACGUAUCAAAACGUGUUUGAAUGCAUAGUCCUCGAUGUUUUAAUUUUAUAUAAUUUAAUUUAAUUAUAGUUUGCAUGAUAUACAAUGAAUAUUUUGUUCGGUUCCUUGGCAGUGUCUACAGGUUGUCAUUUAAUAUCCUCCCAUUAUUUUAUCAAAAAAUUGGAGAACUAAAUAUUCCUUCAACUCUCAACGAACAGAUCAAGCAACCGAGACAAACAUUCUGGUGAGAGAUUGCUUGCCAAAUUAUAUUCACAGCGCGAACUAUUUUUAAAGUUGUAUUUAUCAUAUAAAAUAAGGAUGUUGUGGGAGAGGACAAAAUUGGUGUACAUUCAGAUGGAAGUACUCAUUUAAAUACAUUGUUAAAUCCUGAGUCAGAAUUUAUA